CAUCACAUAAAUCAGAGAAGUCGUUCUUCCAAAAAUGGAUCUGGUUGGUCUGUUACAUUCAGCAUCAGUGAUGUGACUGUCAACAGUUUGGUUGCAGACAUCAAUUGAUUUAUUUACAGCUGGGGGGUUUAGGUUAUUAUCACCUGAGAGCAGCGUGCAGGUAUAGCUCUGCUGGUUCCCAAUCUGGGAGCAAAGACCCACAGCUGGCCUCAAGGUAACUUUCAGGGUCCCACGUCCUCUGUGCUUUUAUUUUGACAGUGCUAAGAGGAAGUGGGCGUUUCAUGUUUCAGCUGGUAUCAGCCUUAGAAUGGUAGCAGUGUGAGCAGCAGUGUCUCAUUGGCCCUGUAUUGAUCAGCGAUCGUGAUGGCUAAGUGGGGUGAAGGAGACCCUCGAUGGAUAGUAGAGGAGAGAGCUGACGCCACCAACGUCAACAACUGGCACUGGAUGGAGCGAGAUGUGUCCUCCUGGUCCUCAGAGUGCCUCCAUCAGUUGCUACUCGGUGUGCGGGUGGAGGGACCUGAGGGUGUCUGUCAGCUGACCGAAGUCACUAAGCUGGAGGGAGAAGCUUCCAUCAAUAACCGCAAAGGGAAGCUCUUCUACUUCUAUGAGUGGCAGCUGAGACUCAGGUGGCUGGGGAUGUCCUGCAGGGGAGUGAAGUUCAGAGGAACUAUUGAUGUGUCCAACCUGUCUGAUGAGAAUGACGAGGACGACCUGGAUAUCUGCAUGGCUCUCUGUAAGGAUCAGCCCAACACACCUCUCCUGGACCUCAUGAAGACGUCCGGCGUCCAAGAGGUUCGCAGGGUUCUGGGCGAGUAUGUCCGGCGGCUCAAAUCAGUGGAAGUGGCUUGGCCGGCACCAGACGUGGACGUGGCUUGUGUGGACAUGGCUUGGCUGGCACCGGACGCAAACGUGGCCUGGCCAGCACCGGGCGUGAACGUGGCUGAGAAGGUUGUGCCAGACCCGGUGGUGUUGAUGGUCGCAAUGGUAACUGGCCAAGCCCCUCGGACCCUCCAGCUGCAGAGAUGUGAUGCUGGACAGGCUCCUUGGACCUCCCAGCUGCAGAGACGUGAUGCACCUUAUGGCCAUAUCGCCCUGCCCUACUCCUUGGACCCCCCAGCUGCAGAGACGCGAUGCUGCACAGGCUCCUUGGACCCUCCAGCUGCAGAGACGUGAUGCUGGACAGGCUCCUCGGACCCCCCAGCUGCAGAGACGUGAUGCUGGACAGCGUCCUCGGACCCCCCAGAUGAGGCAGACGAAGGCGCUGUAGGCUGGAGCUGCCCCUUUGACCCUAGCAGAGGGAGAUAGUGGUGUGGGCGCCGCUGAGUGCUGGACUGGCUCAGCUGAACCCCCAGCUGAAGCAGGACAUUGCUUGCUGGGUUCUCCUGAACCCCCGAAAACACAGUCAGUGUCAUUUUUGUCCUUUAGCAUGGUAAAAACUAGUCUCUCCCAUACCAACACAGGUCUUGAACUGAUUCUCUGGAAUAGCAAGGGUAGCAGCACAGAAAACAUCUCCCACUUGAUCAUUCUUGAAAACAUUGAUCAUUAGUUCACAGUCUGGUUUUGAACCUAGAAUUGAUAUGUCCAUGGCAGUCAAGUGCUAGGUGAGCGUUGCCUUCAGAGACUAGCCUGACAUAGCCCAAACUCUUAUUUUCAUUUUCUUUCAUAGACAUUAAUUCAGAGUCUUUAUUCUCAGUCUUUGGUUCUUUUAUCUCAGAGGCAGAAAACUUACUGUACUCAUCAUGACAGGCCCCAGAAUCAGCAACUGUUAUAGACUUAGGGUUUACAGAAAAGGAGUUAGUGAUCAUGGUGAGGGUGGUUUCAAAUGUCCCUGGCCUCAGAACACAGUUUCUUUCUCCUGGACCAGCAAAACAAAACACAAUGUCUUCAGACCCAACUUGUGGUAGAAGUCCAAAUGGGCCAGUUUGGUCACAUGAACAUCAUUCAUAACUGGAUUGUUUGAAAUAACAUGAUUUGAAUGCCCCUGGCCAGGUUCCUGUACUUUCAGUAACCGAUCAAAGCUAGUUAAAGUAGAUUCACAUUCAUUAAUUCUGCCGUCAUGUGAUGGACCAACGAACUUAUCAGAGCUUGAACUUUCCCAUAACGCAGUUACAUUUACCUCUGAUGGGGAGGCUCGUGCGAGGUUAACGCUAUGAGUCUGAAUAAACUCUUCUGAAACUGGUUUGACAGAGCCAUUAGCUUUAGCAGCACCCACAUUAGUCACAAACAACUCAAAAGUGACGUUGUCAAAGGGGACAGAAGCUUCAUUUUGCUCUGACUGACAGGAAUCAUGAGGCUCGGCCUGAUCUUUGGCAGUCUCUGUCCUGCAUUCCCCCGCUAGCCCCCCAUCAGAAGCUGACUUAGACAGAGAAUUAACAGCAUUAUCUGUGAAGGGGGGUGCAGUUAAUGUAGCGUUUAAAAGAUCUGUGGUAACCAGUGGUGGGACAGACUGUGAGUUUACCCAUGUUAGCAUUACUCCCAACCAACACCCCAUCCUGAAAUGAUUCAGAACAACCAAAUGAGCAUGAUUCCAAAUUUACACAGACUGAAGGUAAAACAUGGUUAUUAGUAGGGAUGGGUAUCGAAACCCGGUUCUUGUUGAGAACCGGUUCCCACUGUUUCAAUUCCUUGGAAUUGUUUG